UUCAAAACUAGUUAUUUAAAUUUCAACGUUAGACUUUUAUCAAGAAAGAGGAAUCUCCGGAGAGUUUCAAAGCUUCACACACUAAUCAAAUCUUUAAGCUAUAUUUUAUAUUUUAAUUAUUUAAUCUUCCUCAACAUAUAUAAAUAGCGUUGCAUGCUUUAUGCGAUGAUAAUCAAUUAAAAAGAUAGAGAAAAAUGGGAAACACUAUAAUGGUGAGGAGAAAGAAAGCGAAAGUUAUGAAGAUCGACGGCGAUAUUUUCCGGCUCAAAACUCCGGCGACGGUGAGCGACGCCACGAAAGAGUAUCCCGGGUACGUGUUGUUAGAUUCCGAGACCGUGAAACUAUUAGGAGUUCGCGCCAAGCCGCUUGAGCCGAGUCAGAUCUUAAAGCCGAAUAAAACUUAUUUUCUGGUGGAGCUUCCGGCGAAGGUGGCGGCGGAAGAAGGAGAUACGAGGAAUAAGCUUCCGUACCGGAGAGUUAUGUCCGGUAUACAUGUUGGCGCCAAGGAGCGUCUUGAAAUGCUAAUGCUUACUCGGAGAACGGUUUCUGACAUCACUGUCGCUAGAUAUGACGGCGGAGAUGGUCCUGGGCUUGGGCCUGGACAGGUGAGGGUUAGACUGAGGCUGCCUCGGUCUCAAAUCACGAAGUUUAUGGAAGAGACCAACGACGACGCUUCUGCUGUUGCUGAGAGGAUUGUUGCUCUUUACCUGGAAAGCUCCGGCAAGGUGCAAGGCGGCGAUGAUAGCCAUGAUUUUCGCCGGAGACUAGAUCUGAAGAAGGCGCGUGAGAAGCAUGUGAGCUUCGCAGAGAAAGGCGGGAGAGGAGAGAUCGUUGUUUUAUAGAGUACAACGUAACCAUCAAUAUGAUUAUUGUCCAGAAUUUAUUUUUUGUUACUUACAUGCAUUUGUCAGGACUCAUCUUUGAUAUUUGUUUUUCAAUGUUAGAAAUUAUAUUUUAUAUAUGUAGCUAUCAUCUCUAAUUUUGAUGUCAGAGGAAAAAUUUAUAAUUUCAUCGAGACGAGACAUUCGAUACAUUCAGUCCAUAUAUCUCUU